UCGCAGCAGCUUCCGGGAAGAAGGAGCCGCCCCCCAUUAAAAAACCGAACUCCCCAAGCCCAUCUCCCUACUCGAGCCCCGCCACCUCCGCCUCCCGCCGAACCCUAACCCUACCGCGCUCGCUCCCUCCCGCCCGGCGGCCGCCGAGCCAGGCGAUGGGCGCCGUCGCCUCGACGGUGGCGGCGCGCUUCGCCUUCUUCCCGCCCUCCCCGCCGUCGUACGGCGUCGAGCCGCCACCCUCUCCCGCGGCCGCAGCCGCCGACGGGGCGGUGGUGGAGCUCUGCGGGGUGCCCCGGCGGAACGGCGUGGAGGCGCGGCGGCUGCCGACAAAGCGCGGCACGGAGGUGGUGGCCAUGUACGUGCGCCAGCCCGGCGCGCGGCUCACGCUGCUCUACUCCCACGGCAACGCGGCGGACCUGGGGCAGAUGUACGAGCUCUUCGUCGAGCUCAGCUCCCACCUCAACGUCAACCUCAUGGGUUAUGAUUAUUCUGGGUAUGGGCAAUCAUCUGGGAAGCCAAGCGAGCAGAACACUUAUGCAGAUAUAGAGGCUGCUUAUAGAUGUCUCAUUGAAACUUACGGAAUAUCUGAGGAAAAUAUCAUUCUUUAUGGUCAAUCAGUUGGCAGUGGUCCUACUUUGGAUUUGGCAUCUCGUUCGCCUCAUUUGAGAGCUGUUGUUCUACAUAGCCCAAUUUCAUCUGGCUUGAGAGUAAUGUAUCCUGUAAAACAUACAUACUGGUUUGACAUAUAUAAGAACAUUGACAAAGUUCCACUGGUCAAAUGUCCUGUGCUAGUUAUCCAUGGUACAGCUGAUGAGGUUGUUGACUGUUCUCAUGGGAGAGCACUGUGGGAACUCUCCAAAGUAAAGUAUGAGCCUCUGUGGGUCAAAGGGGGAAACCACUGUAAUCUGGAACUCUAUCCUGAAUACAUUAAGCACCUAAAGAAGUUUGUCACAGCCAUAGAGAAAUCACCACCAUUAAAAGAUGGAUCUCCAGAAAGCUCAGGUCCUUCAGAUCUUGAAACAGGAUCUGAAAGUAUGGAGAGUUCAAGAAGAAGCACAGAUGUGAGGGACAAAUCAAGGUCAAGCAUUGAUCACAGGCGGAGCACAGAUCAACGGGAGAAACCAAGGGGCAGUGUAGAUAGGAGGGAUAAAGGCAGAAGGAGUGUAGAUCAUGCUGACAAACCACGGCCUAGUGUGGAUCAACCUGAUAAGCCACGGAAAAGCAUCGACCGCUUUGGAGGAAUGAUGAGGUCAGUCAAAUUGUGCAAUAUUGACUGCUUCAAAGUGACCUCCACUUCUGGGAGCUGAAAAUAGUGGAAGGUUAGUUUUUGAUAGUACUAGUAAUAUGUAUUUAUUGCAUUUGUAUAAUAUAUUCAAUUGGGUGUUUUUAGUUUUCCUGUGGAAGGUGUAUUGAUUUUGGUCAGUGUCCAUCUUGUUCACCCUGAGUUAUUUCUUGAGAAGAAAUGACCCGUUCAUUCCAACCCCUUCAAGUUUGCGAAGUUCAUUUGUUAAAUGAAGGACGCCCCCGUCCCACAGAGUGUCAAGAACACGGUGUUACACUGUACAUAUGCUGUUGUAUCAUUGCACUGUCGUGGUUUUGAAUUCCAUAGAAACAUUUCAUAGAUGUUACCAAUCUCAAUUGGAAUUUUUGUUUUUCCCUCUGGGAAAGUAAGUUCUCUUGGAAUGUGAUUUCGUGUUGCUUCA